AUUCGAUAUUCUCCAAUACCUAUUGAAUAUCCACUAACAUCCUUAGAAGGGUGUAAAGUAAACAAAUCUGUUCGAAUUUGUACUGGAGCUAAAGUUUGUGAAUUUGUUUCAUGUGAAUUAAAAGAAACACAACAUACUGAAGUAGAUGAAAGUAUUGAUUUUUAUAAAUUAAAUCAACCUACUGAUUUACAAACUUUAAAAGAAGCUAAAAUACAUGCUAUAGAAAAAAAAUCAGAUAAUGAUAUUCUAUCAUAUUUUAUUGGAUGCUCAGCUUGGUCUCCAGGACAAAAACAUUUUCAUUAUAAAUUAAAUUGUGAUGAAAUUAAUAUUACAAUAUUAGAAAAGUUGUUUAGAGGAAAACCUAUUACCUUAUUUAAUAAAGUAGCAGAAAAUUGUUGUACAGUAUUAUUUACAAGGAUUCGUAAAAAAGAAUAUUCAUUUUUUCAUUUAUCUAAUGAAGGAAUAAAACAAAAAGGAAAAAUUAUUAAAUUGAAUUGCAAUGUUCAAUUUAUUAAGCUUGUUCCUUUAGAUAUAACAACAAUACUAUUUGUUGUUUUAAUUUGUAAAGGAAUUCAUACUCAUUCACUGCCACCUCCAACUAAUAUUCCAGUUGGAAUUUAA